AUGAUCAUCGAAGAUCAAGAAAUACAGCCAGAAAUAUUGACAAAGCAGCAGCUAGCUCUUGCAGUUAGAAGCUCACAAUGGAGCUAUGCAGUCUUCUGGUCCUUGUCAACUGCAGAGCAAGGGGUACUGGAAUGGGGUGAAGGCUACUACAAUGGACACAUUAAGACGAGAAAAUCAGUUCACAACAAGGAUGUUGACAACCACAAACUAGGUUUAGAGAGAAGUGAGCAAUUGAGAAAGCUUUAUGAGGCUCUUUUAGAAGGAGAAUCCGAGCAAGGAACUAAGAAACUCUCACUGGCACUAUCUCUGGAGGACCUCUCUGAUCUAGAGUGGUAUUACUUGGUUACCAUGUCCUUCACUUUUAAAGUUGGCCAAAGUUUGCCAGGAAGAGCAUUGGCAACCGGGCAACAUAUCUGGCUAUAUGACACUCAAUCUGCUGAUAGCAAGCUGUUUUCUCGCUCUUUGCUGGCAAAGAGCGCAUCUAUCCAGACUGUAGUUUGUUUUCCACACAAGGGGGGUGUGAUAGAGCUAGGUGUAACUGAUUUGGUAUUAGAGGACGUCAGUCUCAUUCAACACAUCAAAACUGCCUUAGUACAGCCUAUAGAGCCUGAUUGCUCCCCCAAAGCUUCAUCAGUUCCACAAAAGGAAGAUUCUGACAAGGACCAUGUAAUUGCUAACAUUAAUGAGAAUGAGGAUGAGAUGGUGGAUAUAUUACCUUUCUCAAGCCUUCAUAACUCUGCCGAACAAAUAAAGUUUGACGAAGAUAUUGAAAACGGAUUAUAUCAAAGUGUCCUAGAAGAAUUCAUAGGUUCUCCAGGUGAUUGCUCAAAUGACUCCAGCCACCAUGCAGAGGAAUCUUUCUACAGCUGCACAUCCACCUUCGUUCCAUGGAAGAAAGAAUUAACAGCUGAUAAUUUCAGAAUGCAAGAAUCACAGAGUGUUCUGAAAAAGGUCUUAUUCAGAGUACCUUUGAUAAAAACUAAUAGGAGAAACUCAGGCAGUGUAAAGGAAGAUGAAAUGCAAGACUAUCCUAUGAGUCCACAAACUUAUGAUGCAUAUAAGCUGGAUUUUGCUUUACAGGAAACCACAGCUAAUUUACUGCUCUCCGAAUUGGAGGAAAAAAGAGACAAUCCACUGUAUAUGGUACAAGAGCCAAUGAUUCCUUCCAUCACUGAGAUAGAUGAAGCAUUUAUUCUAACUGAUGCGACAAAAUACUUGGCUGGAGUUGAAGAGCUAGAAACUAGCAUAGAUUUGGAAGGAACAGGAACAGCAAAAGACUUAGAUAUGCUAGAGCAGAGUCAACAGGCAUAUGACAUUUAUAACAAGAGUAUGGCUUCUGAGAUCAAUGAAAUUGACCCAAAUUCAAAUAAGGCUAUUCAAACAGAAAUUCUGCAGCCAUUAGACAUUGACAUAGAGGUAAGCAUAGAAGAGCUUGAGAUUCUAAUCACAAUGAAAUGCCCAUGGAGGGAAUGCUUAUUGAUUCGUAUUAUGGAAGUACUAAGCAAUCUUAACUUGGAGACUCACUCAGUUCAAUCAUCAACUCUUAAUGGUAUUCUCUCCGUGUUCCUUAAAUCCAAGUUUCAGAAGGCAGCAUUUGCAUCAGAAGGGAUGAUCAAAGAAGCUCUUAGUAGGACUAUCAGAAUGUGUUGAGAUGUAAAAUGAUUCUAUCAGUGUAAUGCUACUCAGUCUUCAAACUCCAAUUCACACCAAAUUACUUGUGCCAACCCUUAGAUACUUGCCUACUACACAAGCCUUGAACACUUUAAAUUGAGUAAAUAAUUAAAUGAGGACAUCUAGAGUCCGGACUGUUUCUGAUGCUGGUCUAAGAUGUGGAAAUAAAUCAGAAGCCUCUGUAUAUUGGAAAAAAAAAAAACUUGAAACUGAAUCUUCUAUUUUUUUUUUUUUUUUUAUCUAAACUAUGUACACCAAGUAGCUAGUUACUUUGUGCUCCAGAUAUGUAGAUUCUAGUAAACUAAGUUGCUUAAUCUGAUAGUCGAACCAGCAAUUGAAGGCAAAGAAAAGGAAAAAGCAGCACAUGCACAAGGCUUGAAAUUGAUAAAGCAGAGGGAGACAAGCAACUGCUUUUAAGGCCAAAUUGGUUAAAAACUCCUGCUUAAUGAAGCAGCAAGUAAUUAGUCAGGCUUCGUGCAAGAAUUUCAGGUUCAAACUCACUCAAGUCAAAGUUCUUUUCUACCUCGAAUAGUAACAACUUAUAUAGGACAUCUAUGUAAGAUAGUGAAUGUAAUAUCUGUCCCGACAAG